GAGGGGAUGAAGGAUUUCUAUGUAGAAAUGCUGCACGCAACUGCAGGAGUGAGACUUCUUACUCAUCUGUUCAUCUGUCUCGCUUCUAGAUAAGAGAAGUCUGUUUUCCAGAGUAGGUUAAGAGAGCCUGGGAUUGCUGUGCACCUCCGUUUCCUUGGAAUUGGCAAACAUCAGGCAAUCCCCAGAAAAAAGCUGGAUUAUCUUUCUCACGCGAGUUCAUCCGGGGAUUUGCAGCCAAGUAAUGCUACAAGAUUCUGUGUUAGCUCAAACAGUAAAGCACUGCAUCUUGUUGUAACACAUAAGGUGUUGGGAUUAGGACAUUAGUGACAUCAGUUUUCUUUGGUAAAUGAUAGGGAGUAACACACAUUAACACAGUUACUGUAGUUAUUGUCAUUUCCAGAAACAUUCACAAAUGAAAAGGUUUUUUUUUUUUUUUAGUGAACUUCAAUUCAGCCUCUCAUAUGUCUACAUUGAACUACAGUUAACUACUAAGUAAUAACAUACUGCUUAUUGCAUAAAAAUUGCUGUGGUACUCCAAGUGUGAAAGGGCAGAGCUUUGAAGAAAUAGAAUUGCUCAUCUAAACCUGUACUGCUUUUGUAAAUCUAGCUCUCAGAUUUUGGAAAGGUACCCCUAAAAUAAAAUGCAUUUAGUUAGUGCCCACACUUAAACAGCAUUUUAACGUGACUCUGUGGGGUCAUGAAGGAACUUUGAGGCAAAAGCACGGACAGAAUAUGCUUUAGUGUUAGCAUAUUUUAGGCCAUAGCACUGAAACAUUUGUGUUUUCUGUGCUGUUUUAAGCAGCCUCUUUUUCCUGUCAUCUUUUCCCUUGUGUUGUCCUGCCUAUCUCUGUGGUCUCCUUCCCUUGUAAGAGCACAACCAUUUUCUAUCCGCGUGAUGAGAUGGAUCACAAAAUUAAUAAUACUGGGGGAAAAAUAAGUCUGACCUGCGUCUGACCCUGCAUCAUUUUCCUUACCCAGCAGCUCUUAGAACCAGCUGGGUGGGUGAGGGAGCACCACAACAUGCAGCUGGUACCACUUACUCUAAGUAUGUGUACUGGAAAGAAUAAGUCAUUUCACUCAUUUACUUCCCUCAUCCAAAAAUCCUGUAAAUCUCAUUUGCUUUGUAUGUUCCCAUUCUUUCCAGGUUCCCCUGGGUGAGAAUUUUGUUCUCUGUGCAGUCCUGUCAAGGUCUUUUGCUUUCAGGCCCUCAGCUCAAUUCUGAAUUUCUCUAUUGCUUUUCAUACCACCUUGCUCUCUCUCACGAUUUCUUACCAGCUGUGUUUCCAGGGUGCUGCCUUUCUCUGGCUUGGAUUUCUGUAGUGUUUCUUUUGCUCCAGCCUCCAAAGACAGUCAUUCUUCCUACCCCUCCCUGCAUCCCUCGUUUCCUCUCCCGCGUUAUAAACAAAAGUACUUGCAGUGUGCAGUAGAAAACAAUGCAGCACUGGCAAGGGAGUGGACUAAAUGACCUAAUGCCUAAUAUCUGUUCUUCUGCCAGCUAUUUUUAUUCAAGUUCAGAUGUCAGUAACUUUCGGACCUUUUGAAAUCUAAUCUGACGAUAUCCAGACUUUUCUUUGUUUACCCAAUGUUCUGUUUACUGAUUCUGGUUUAGUAACAUUUGAUACGUUUGUGAAAUCUGAAAUGAGCUUAUCUGGUUGCCAUCAGUUUUGUUGUAGCACAGGUCAGUUGAUGAUUAGUAACAUUUCAAAAGCAAAGCCUAUCUGCAGACAGGGUAAAGAAACUGUGUGCUCACUACCUGAAGUCCCACCAUGUGUUUUGGCUUAGAAGGAAAUACAUUUGUGGAAAGCUGAUGUAUAAAUGCUUUAGGCUGUAGCUCACUUUUACCCAAAGCUGAUAGGUAAGGAUUAUGUAAAACAAAAGUUAUGCACCUGGUCAGAAAUACACUUAGAAAAGGUGGGAAACACAUUUGCACAACCUAACACAACGGAGUUUGCAUCUGGGGCUAAGACUCCCAAGACAAUACAGUGGCACAAGAAAUGGUGCCUGUUUUCAAAAUGAAUGCUUCCUUUUAUGAUUUGGUUUGGUUGUGUUGACUUCUUUUUUUUUAAAUCAAAUGUUAUCCAUUGCAUUGUGCCAUGUACGUGCUCAGUAGAGUGUUUCUUCAAAGCGUUUGAAGCAACCUUCUCAAAUUGCUUCUGAAAUCACUUUUAGAAGUUGUCAUCUCGUGUUUUCAGAUUACCCAUUGAAGAUACUUGUAGUUUUUCAACGCACUGAUCAACUCUGCUUCAACAUUUGAUAUUUGCAAGUUUUGUGCCUUGACAGUGAUCAUCAUGGACAGCGUGUUCUUAACAGAGGACAAAGCCAAUUCUGUGUAUAAAAGAUACCGAAGGGCCAACAAAUUUUUGGAAGAAUUAAAGCAAGGUGACAUAGAACACGAAUGCAGAGAAGAAAUCUGUACCUAUGAAGAAGCAAGAGAAGCAUUUGAAAAUGAGGAAAAGACGAAGGAGUUCUGGAAAGUCUACAAAAAUGGACUUCAGGGAGAAAGUAACACAGGACAUAGCUGGUAUUCAUUUUACCUUGCAUUUCCAUUAAUCAUUGGCCUUUUUGUUAUCCUCAUUGUCAUUUUUGUCAUAUGGAGAUGCCUGUUUAAAAAGAAAACACGUAGACAGUCGGUGUACGCGCACAGGGGAGCCCACGAAGCAAUAGGUGACGGUGCUGUGUCUGACGGCAGAGGUUCGCUCCCGCAGCCUCUCAGCAUUGUUCAUUCCCCACAGGAGGACAUGUUUGAAGUCAGUGGGCUCUCUCCAGGAGGUCUGAGCUAUGCCGAUACACGAUCAGACUCAAUAUCCACAAGGCUGUCAAACUGUGAUCCUCCUCCUUCAUACGAGGAAGCCACUGGUGAAAUCAGUCUGAGAAGAAGUGAAGUUGAACAACAUUUAGAUCCACCCCCACAAUAUGAAGACAUUAUGAAUUCUAGUUCAGCCAAUGCAAUUGCACUAUCUCCUGUUAUCACCAGUACUAAAUAAAGCAGGAAGAAUGCUUCUGGACUUCAAAAAAAGAAAAAAAAAACCUAAUCGUUUUAUAGCACUUUAUCUUGGCUUAUUAUGCAUUUCUGUAAUUUAACGGACCUGUGUAAUGAACUUCCCUUUUGUUUUAGAUUCACUUGUUCUUUGAGUCAUAGAUUUUUAUUUUCCCCGAUGACUGUCCUUAGGAGAUAAGGAAUCUAUAUUGUGAGCGUAGUGCAGGUACAGAGAUGGUGCUCUGUCGUUAUUCUCAAAAGUAUCUCUGCUUUGAGGGAUGUCACGUGUUUUACUCCAGAUGCUGACCACAUUCCCCAAAAGAUUUGUGGAAUCCCCUUCUCUUCUUGCUGCAGACUCUUGGAGUCGCCUGAGAUGGGGAAUCCUUAAGAAACAUUCUAGGAACUUAAUUACGCCAAAGCAAACUAAUUUUGCAGUAUUUCCUCUUGCCUGGUUGGUUCUUUUUUCUCACCUGGAAUUUUAUUACAUGCCACAUUGUAUCUUGGGCCCUGGAAUGGCCAAGAGCCAUAUGCCUUGGUAUUCAGACCAAUAUAUUGUUAGACUCUGCUGGCUUCAUAGCAAUAAUUUCAGAGCCCUAGCAGAGGAGAGGGAUUCUACAGCUUUUUCUGUUAGCAUUUAUGUUUAGAAGCUAGUAAUUCAAGACAGUAAUUAGUGAAUUUGAAUACUUUGUUUGUUUGUUCUGCUUUUCUUCUGUUUUCUAUUUGUCUUUAUUUGUUUAUUCUAGGGCUGAGAACUCUAUGUGUGUGCUACUUUCACAACUUGAAAGUUUACUCAACACUAAAGAAUGAAAUACUGAAGAAUGAAUAAAAUCCUGCUUGUUUGGAAGUAGAUACCAAAACUACCAUAGUCUUCACUGGGACAAGGAUUUCAUCCAUUAUCCAUAAACACUUAAACCCAAAGAUACUGCUUUCUCUUUAAACGGGGGGGGGGAAAAAAAGUAUUCAGUGUACAGCUUCUUUCCCACAAUAAUAUGACCCCAUUCUCAAAUCCUGGUAUUAUUUUGCCUCUUGCAUACUUAAAUGUAUCACCUGCACACAUUGUGUUAGUGGCUAUGGAAAUGCAUUGCAGAGAAUUUUGAUAACUUUCUUCAACUGGUGUAUUUAUUGCUGGUUUCACAUUUGUUCCUUCAAGUAAGAGGUGCUGGAAAGCAGGGGUAAUCUAGGAUAACUCUGCAAAUGUUGUGGCCAGUGUAGCUCUGCUAUCUCCAGGUGAGAGGUGCACAGUCUACCUGAUGUAGGGCAAAACCAUGAGGACCCUCUGUGUUGCUGUAUUUCUAGCAACACAACUCAGACAUAACCCCCAGCUUUAGUUUGGAGUGUUUUUUUUUUUUUUUUUUUUGAAGCUGUAGAGAUAGAAAUUUCUGUCAGAUUUGAUACAAGUUGAUUGAAAUUCUAUACAAGCCUCUGUUUCAACUGCUUUUGACACUGAUGAUAGUGUAGUUGGUGCACGCAGUGGUUUGCUGAUUUACUUUUCUCUAUUUAAGAAUUCAUUGAUCAGUUUAGCUUGUGAAUAUUUAUUUUGAUUUUUCUUCUCACAUCAAGGUGGCAUGGCAUUAAUUUUAGUAUUGUUCUAUUUUCUGCUAAUAAAUUAGCACCAACUGAAACAUAUUUAGCUCUGAAAGACUACUGUGUUAUAUUGGCUUUCUUAUAACAAAAGCCUGAAGCUGUGUCAUCUUCCAGAAACCCCAAAUGAAACACCAGUGCCAUCCAUUUGAAAUUGCUGUUGAUGUGCUCAGUUAAUUGCCUGUUGGCACCUAUGAUCUCGUGUGAGUCUGACCCAUCUUUCUCCUAAGGAAUUUUGUAGAAGAUUACUGAAAAGAAAUGGAUGAAUACAUGGGUGUGCCUAUGCACACUUCUGUAAGAAUUUGAUACAGUAGUUUGACAAAUGAAGUUAUGAUCCUAUGAUUAAUUUUAUAUUCCCAUUUUUGGCAAAGAGUAGGUUACCAAAGAUCUCUACUGGGGACCUUCAGUUGCUAAAGCAAAUUUAUUGGAGUUAAUGGAUGGAGCUCCAGGCCAAACUGUUGUCAGAAAGGUAACUCAUAUUCAUUAUUCAUAAUGGAUAUCGAGCAGAUAAGUACAAUAUAUUUUGGACUCUCUGACCUUUUGAAGUGCUUUUAGCUCUUAGGUGAAAUCCUAAAUUGCCACUUGUAGAAAUUUAAGCUCCUUUUAUACUGAGCAACAGUUAUACUGCCUUUGGCCAGACAUUACCAAAACAAAGUGCCUCGUCUCAGUUGCAGGAGACACCUGAAAGAGCUGGUAUUAAUGUCUAUGCCAUAUUGGCAUCUCCUGUGCCUGCCAACAUAGCUGGCAGUUUUAGCAGUAAUUUUUUAGUUUGGAGAUACAGUUUUCCUGUAGGAAAUGCCUGGAGAUAAACAAUUUCACGUUAGGUAAUUCAGCAGCUGUCAACCCCGGAGCAGGGGCAGUCUGGUUUUAGAGGUGAGCCACCUCUUUUUUUCCAUAUUCCAUUACCAGUCUUAACAACUUUCACGUUUCCGUCUCCUAAAAAGAGUAUGUUACUGCAUUCUGUAGACAUUUCUUUGUGCAAUGCAAACAUGAUAUUUGUCUUUCCAGAAAAAGCCACAACCAGAGAUCUGAAAUGAUCUGUGACUAGGAUUUAUUGGGCCAUGCCUUUUCUACAUCCAUGUACGUGAAAUGUGAAUGCUAUUUAGGGCUAUAAAUUAAAGUCUUGGAGUGAAUAAGCUUUCAUAAAUUAACUAAAUUUGCACGUGCCAGUUAUCUAAAUGUUUCCUCUGAGACAUGAGCAGCUUUCUUCUUCUUGGAGUAAUGUCAAAGUACCUAAUAUUUUGUUUUACUUUGUGAGUUGUGGGGAAAUAACUGAAGUCUCGGGGAUAGCUGUUCUGAUCUGGGGAAAGAAUAACAUUUCUUUUGUAGUGCGUUUUCCUACAGCUUUGUUUUGCAGGGCACUUACUGAUUCUUCUUCUCUUGUAGUUGCAUUAUCAUGCCAUAAACAUUAUAAAUUUAUAGUUGUAUCUCUCUAAAGGCUAUCCAAGUCUGAAUGCAGUACUGCCUUGACUAAUGACAUGAAUAGUCAGGAUUCUGCUUUUCCCGCUUUCAAAUGUAACACGAUUUCACGUAUUAGGACUAAGAUGAUUUACCCACUACAACAAACUUGUAUUUAAAUGUCACCGUUUGAGAAAUGAUGGAAAUGAAUUGUGCUUAGAUGAUGUUUAGCAUUAGCGGAAGUGGUUCUGUCUUCACUGGGUGUAAAUAACCUCUGAUUACAGUAUUGCGUAUUUUGAAGGGGUUUGGUUUACAUUAAAUUAUCGUAUUUAAACAUCCUUGACUAUGUUUAUAGAAAAAGGUUUUGUAACAUUUGUUUUUGGAUAUGCUUAAUAAAAAUUUUUAAAUGCCUGUAGUGCUUCAAAACAUCAAUCCUACACAUCUGCAGUAUUAACUUUGUGCAUUGAAGUGGUGCUUUUUUAAUUUCUAUUGGUCGUCAAAUGUACUUAAUUGCAGGGAAUCAGUUGUUUUAUUGGGGUAAUUAAAAAUAAAUAUAAUUUUAAGGUA